GCUACCUUUUGCUCAAAUGAGACAACUAUUUCUGUCCGGGGUCACUUUUUUGGCAACUAUGAUGAGCGGCGAUUGCCCCUGCCCGUGACUCUGCCCAUGCCCAUGCUCCUGCCCCGCAAGCUCGGCUCAGCCUCGUUAUUGAUCUAUCGCGGGGUACCGGUGAUCCCUGGCUCAUUGUGAUCCUGAUAGCAUACAUAUUAUCCCAGGACUCGGUUCCACUCGAUCUUUUCGUCUCCGUGAAUCUUACAAUCUCACGGACUUCGUCCGUCCGUCCGUCCACACUGCACUCACUGCACUCACCGCACUCUCUGUUCAGCCUGCUCGCCGUUGCAAUCUUAUCGAAUCCUCGCAACCCGCAACUCGCAACCCACAACCCGUCCGUCAAGAUCUGCCAUCAUGAGCGUGGAUCUGUCGGUGGAAAAAGAUGGUGGCCUGCUCAAGGAGGUCCUCACGCCUGGUCUCGAAGGCGAGGAUGAAAUGCCCCGACGCGGAGACACGGUCCUGGUCCACUAUGUGGGUACCUUGGCAGGAACCGGCGUCAAAUUCGACUCGAGUCGCGAUCGCGGCGAGAAGUUCCGAUUCAACCUUGGCAAAGGCGAAGUCAUCAAAGGCUGGGAUUUAGGCGUGGCCUCUAUGACUCGUGGUGAAAAGGCCAAGUUCGUGAUUCGAGCGGAUUACGCUUAUGGAGAAAACGGAAGCCCACCCAAGAUCCCGCCCAAAGCCACGCUUGUCUUUGAGGUUGAGCUUUUUGACUUUUUUGGAGAGGAUAUCUCCAAGAACAACGACCGAAGUGUGGUCAAACGGGUGUUGGAGGUGGGCGAAGGUCUGGAUCACCCCAACGAAGACAGUGUGGUGGAAGUUCAGCUCAAGGGCUUCUGCGACGGUAAACUCUUUGACGAGCGGGAAUCGCUCACGUUCACCUUGGGCGAAGGCGAGGAGUCCAAUCUUCCGGCCGGAGUGGAAAGGGCCAUCGAGAAGAUGAAGAAGUCGGAGAAAUGUCAAGUGCAGUUCAACGAGUCUCACGGCUUCACCAAAACUUCAAUCACCCAAGGGAUGCCAAGUCAGGGUACAUUCAAGUACGAUAUAUGGCUCAAGACGUUUGAAAGAUCGAAGGAGAGCUGGCAAAUGGACGGUGAACAAAAGCUAGAACAAGCCAAGCUCCUCAAACAACGGGGCACGCAAUUCUUUCACGACGGCAAAUACGAUCUGGCCGCCAAAAAGUACAACAAAAUCGUCGAGUUCCUCGAGCACGAGAUCUCGCUCAAUGGCGAAAGCGAAGAAUCCCGUCGUUCGUUACUGCAAGCCGCCAGACUCAAUCUCGCCAUGUGCCACUUGAAAAAAGCCAGUUGGAUCGAAGCCCGCAAUAUUUGUGAUAAGGUCAUCGAAGAGAAUCAAAACUUGGCCAAAGCCUUUUUCCGCCGUGGCGAGGCCCAAUUCAACCUGAACGACCACGAAUUGGCUCGGAAAGACUUCACGCGAGUCCUGGAGAUCGAUCCCGAAAACAAAGCUGCGGCCAACAAAGUGGCCCUGUGCAACAAGGCCGUGAAGCAACAGAAGCAACAGGAAGCCAAAACUUACGCCAAUAUGUUUGAAAAGUUCGCUCGGAUCGACGAAAAGAAGGCGGCUGACCAAAGGCGACGGGAAAAACCGCUCGAAAUCAAUGAAUGGUCGACGAAAUCUUCGCCCAAGGAUGUCAAUGAUCCCAACAAAAUGAGAGUCUCGGGCGACGUGGAAAUGGACUUGGAUCUGAACCAAGCAAUCCAAGCCGACCAAGAGGCAUGAGUGGUGGAACUGAAUGCCUCAAUUCUGCUUACUCCUUCUCCAGCCCGGAAAUUAAUCAACGAACGUAAAUGGGCACGGCAUCACGGCAGCGAGCAUUUAUUUGAUUACCCUUUGUUGUGGCAUUCUGUAUGUAUUUUAAUUCAAACCCCUCUUACAAUAAAUGAAAUUGUGUCAGUCCA